AUGGCAACUACUGUUGGACGUGAGAGUAUGAUGGGAGCCACGGGUACGCAGGUCUUCGACGAAUCUUCUAUGCAAGCGAUCUCUCUACCAGCAAUGCUGGAUACUUCUGCUUCCUCAACAACAUCAUUCUCAGGACCGCGCUCUCCACGGACGAUGCCUCCUCUGCCGAAUCCGCCUUUUGUCUUCCCGGCAAGGCCCUCGUCCGCCUCUGCGCCAUCUUCCUUCUCGAGGGCAACAGGACGGCGACCGCUGUCCGCGAUAGAAACUCAAGGACGGUCCACCUUCAGCAUGACUGCUGAUCCUGCGGACCGACCUUCAAAAUCACCUGCGCUCCCCAACUUUACAUUCAACCCGGGUGCUUCGCUGUCGCCGGAUACCAACUCUCUUCUCAGCCCCCCCCUGUCUCCGCCGCCCGUCUCCCCAAGACUUGUGCCUUCGCCUUCAAGGCCAACGGGAGUUGGACACAGAAGAGGAGGAAGCGAAUUUGUGGGAGGAAGCAUACGAUCUGGAGACUCGAUCACAGUCACGGGUACAAGCCCGACAAGAUCCGAAAGUGGCUUCGCUUCUCCCAACUUCCAACUUCCACCACCCAACCCCGGCGCCCGCCGUGGCCACGCCCACAGACGAUCUGCGGCGCUAUCGAGCCAUGAUCUGUCUCUGAUUGUGCAACCCCCGGCACCCGGAAACCUACGGGGCAAUAGCGCGCCAACCAGCCCGGCCGAGUUUGACCGACGUCUGGAAGACCACAAUGGAGGGCUGGUUGAGAAGACGUUAAGAGGCGUCGAAUCUGAGCUGGCUCUCAAGGUACCGACAGAGCUCACCAGGCCCGUGACAGCUGAUUCGGGCACAUCGAGCGGCAGAGCUUCACCUGCCGCCAGGCCAGUGACCCGUACCCGGGUUGGAUUCUCCGAUACUCUCGAGUUUAUCCCGCGCCCCCUAUCAAUGGUGUCCAGUGAUACUUCAAGCACCGUAACCGCCCGGCCUGGAGGGCAUUCUGUGUCUGGCAGUAUUUCUUCCAUAAUUUCGAUUCCGGCCACGACAAACCCGGAAAGCGAGCCUGUCAUUCCUCUGGUACUUACUCCGUCACGGCAGAACAACGAAUCACGACCUAGCACUGCUGGAGCCGUUCUCGAACGAUCCCAGAGCAUCCAAUCGGUCGGUGCGUCUCCAAGGAGGAGAAACUCGAUCCCUACUCUCAUCAACGUGCCGGAAGCCGGUAGCGUUGGCCCCCCGAUGCCCAGCCCCACGAAGACCCCUAAGCGCUGGUCUUUCUUUGGGCUUGACCCUUUUGCCGCUGCUGCAUCACCACUGCGCACUAGACCUGUCAGCUCCAGCUCCUCCGAGUCGGGAUCCAAACCACACAGCUCCGCCUCAUCCUCGUCUUUUGAACACGUCUUGGAACCGCCUGGUACUCCGGAAACAUCCGAGGAAAGCGGCCAACGAACCGACAGCAAGAAGCCAAAGAGGAAGAAGAAGGUCAAGAAUUGGGCCGGAUCAAUCUUGGCGCGCAAGAACAAGCCGCGCAACAAGAAGUGCAAGGACCUGGACCUCUCGGGCGACUCAGCACGUCGGUUCGAGACAAUCAAACACAAAGAUGACUCUCUCAUGGUUGAGCCAGAAGUUAACAUUGAGCCGGUGACACCGACGCUCAUGGUCACAGAUACGUCUAGUCAACCGCAAAACCUGCAGGAAUGGAAGCCACGUCCUGUGUCAGCUCAGGAUGACUCGUCAUUCUCCAUGAUCGACCUCGAUGCAGCUCUGGGGCCUUUCAACACACCCAUUGUCAACAACCCCGAAUGGGAUGCCGCUCAGCGAGCAGCAGCCUCAACCAAGCGUCAGCUGCACAGUGCUCAGGGGAUGAAAGGCUUCAGUGGCCCAGGAAUGCAUUAUCACAGACGCGCAGAAAGCGCGCCCGAGAUGGUGCCUUUUGAAGGCGCUCGAUUCGGCAUCCACCGCUUCGGCAGCAGCUCGACCAUGGCCGAUGUCUUUGAGGAAGAUGAGGAAGACGACGACCACACGGGCAAGUCCGCAUCACUCCACACCAACAGCGGCAGAGGCACGGCGCAAGACAGCGCGGAAUCCUCCGGUGACGAGGCCACACCCCCAGCUACCGACAUCGCCAAGAAGCCCAUCCUGGAUACUUUGCCUGUCCGCGCCGUUGAUGACAGCUGCAUCCGCGGUGGCCCCAUCCCCAACAAGGAGGCGACCAAGGCGGCUGCUAGCAUGAAAUCGGAGAAGUCGCUUGCUUCCCUGCAAGACAAUGUGAUUGUUGAGGAGCCCUCUCGUGCCGACGUCCCCGAAUUCCGCACAGGAUCUAUCUUCCAGGAGAAAGCAGAGUCAACUGGCUCCGCGACUCCCUCGCCCAGGAGAAUCCUUGCGAGCAAAGACCUGGCUCCUGUUGAUGUCAGCCCUCUUCAUCUUCCGACUCUUUCUCAUGUUCCUGUCAGUCCCUAUUCGAUGAGCCACGCUUCCUCCUUCCCGUCGCCUCGUUCACCAAUGUCUUACGAUGCACAGCGAAUCUCAACGGCCCCGUCAUCGGUCAACGAAGAGAACAACUUUCAGUCCCUACUGCUCGGAGAGCCGGGCCCGGAGGUCAGGCUUUCUGUAGAUAUUCCGUCCUUGACAUCCAGUCACUCGACCAUGACGAGAGACAGCUCCUUCGCGCCCAGCAGUCAAUUGAGGCAAGAUCCUAUCCGUCCGGACCAACAACGGCCGGUUUCAGUGUCCUCAGCAGCCUUUGGCCGUCGCAGGUCAAGUCUUGCCAGUCUAAGCAGGCUCAUUAGCAGCUCACACGGGGAACGCAGCAAGCUCUCCAUGGAGGUCUCAUAUGACGGCGAGGGCGACAAGAAGCACAAGUCGAGCAAAUCGAAACGACUCAGCCGAAUGAUGCGAUUCUGGAAGCCCAAGGACGACACGUCGGCAUAA